AUAUAUAUAUAUAUAUAAUUACAGGAUUCCAUCCCGUUCUGAUCAAUUGACGUAAUAUUGUAUUGUUCAUUUAGAUUCACAUAUCAGUGUGCUGCAUUUUGCUUACACCAGCAUAAUGCAGGUGGUUCGACGCGUGGCGUCAAUUGAGAUAAGAAAAUAUAAUGUUAUAAAUAGGAGACAAUAUGUUAUUGUCUCUUUAAAUAUUUCGGAAAUAAUAGCGCGACGGGAAUCUCGCGACGUAUUAUCUGAAAUAUUGUGCCGGUCGUAGAAGUGAAAAACAAAAACUUUCUUUCGACUAUCAGUUUCAACUGAGAAGCAACCCCUAAGAAGAAAACCAGAGGCUCGAUCAUUGGAGUAGCGCCCAGGACAGUUUCAACUUCAAACAAGGAAUAUCAACGAGGUGAGCAAUCCUUUCUAACUGACUCCCAGUUUACCUAUUCUGGCCCAAAAAUAGUCAACCUUUUCCCAAGUUUUGAGCGUAAAACUUGUAUAAAAGUUUUUUCUAGGUUUCUUAUAAAAAACCGAUCACAAAGUUUUUCCUAGGUUUCUUAUUAUAAAAACCGAUCAUUAAAAUUAUCAAUAUUACUUCUUUUAAACAGUUCCACGGUAAGAAAGAAAAGAAAGUAGCUAGAGUUAAAAUGGAUUUAUCAACUGCAGAAAAGUUUGGAUCACUCCUUCCUAAAUUUUCAGGAAUGGAGAACGAAUUCCAUUCUUUUAUUAAAAACGUAGAAAGUUAUUUAAGUAUGUUCAGUAACGAAAAUGAACUUAUUAAAAAAUACUGUUUAGCUUUAGUUAAAUCAAAAUUAGUCAGUAGAGCACUUGCUGAAGUUUCUACCUCAGAUAUCCCCGAUAAUUGGGAUCAUCUGAAAAGAUUUUUGAAUAAUAAAUUUGGCGAUCAAAUCAAUUUAGAUGUGUUGAUUCACCAAUUACAAUUCUUAGAAAAUAAAUCAGAUAUGAUUAGCUUUAUAGAUGAAAUAAUUUCGAUGAAAAUAAGAAUUAACUACAGAAUAGAUGCUGACACGAUGCCAGCUCAAGAAAAACAAUUGUAUAAGACUAAUAUAUUGAAAAUUUGUAAAACGGUGUUAAUUUCGAAUGCACCAACGGAACUUAGAACUUUUUUAAUCGCGAAUAAUGCCUUAACGUUUGACCAAACCAUAAAUGCAAUUAAAGAUUAUUUGUCAAACAUGGAGCAAUAUGAUUUAUUAGAUAAAAGUAGAAAACAUAAUUUUCAAUCGCGAAGGACGAAAAAUAAUUUUCAAAAUAAUAAUUAUAAUAAAAGAAACUAUAUUCCAAAUAAUUAUAGAUCAAAUUAUAUUCCUAAUAAUUAUCAUUUUAGAUCGAAUAAUAAUUAUAAUUCGAAUUUAAAUUCAAAUUUCCCCUCACAACCUAUUCAGUUUAAUCAAAGACCUGUGAAUAGAUACUAUCCCUCAAACAAACAAGUUUUUGGACAUACUAAUACUAAUACUAAUGUUUUGAAACCAAAUCCCAACCAAAGAAUUAAUACACCACCAGAAAAAAUGUCAGUGCAAACAAGAGUUUACCCCCAAAAACGUCCAAAUUAUUCGACGCAAUUCCCAACAAAUCCAAAUAAGAAAUUUUAUUCCAAUGAACAAACUCCCAAUUAUACAUUUGAGGAAUUAACCCAAUUAGAUUCGAGUCAGAAUAAAAAAAAUUAUUAUGAACAAAAUGAUAGAGGUCGUUGGAAAACCUCGAGUUCAAAUAAAUCAAAACAAUUUCCCACAAAAUUCGCAAUUGGCAACGUUUCGACUUCAAAAAAUUUUGAGGAACGAAAUUUUCGAGACCCUACUCUAGAAAACGAAUUGACUUAAAUCAUACGCUAGAUAAUACGAAUCAAAAUCCUAUGGAAAUACCAGUAGACCUUAGUCAUCUAGAAACUAGAAAGAGAGAUAAAUCACAAAAUCAGAAAUUGCGUAUUGCAAGUAAUUUUAGAAAACUAAAUGAAAAAACUAUUGACAGUAAUGACUCAAAACUGGAAAUAAACAGUCAAUUGUCGAAAACUAUAGAAAUGAAUAAUAUCGAAAACGUAUUUUCUCUAAUUCUGUGGUUAUUCCGUUCAUUCUUCCACAUCUUGUAGAACAAAAUCGUGCGAGAAUAUAUCAG